AUGUGGAGGGCCGCCCUUGCGGCGUGCCUGCUGGCGCUGGUUGCCUGGCCCGCCGCUGUGAUGGCGGCGCCACCCCCGCCGGCCGUGCUGGCCCCAGGCUCUGCCACCGUGGCCACGGCGCAGGAGCUGCUGCAGGCCUUAGAACAAGGGAUUAGUAACAUCACCCUGGCAGGAGACGUGUCGCUGACCCCAGAUGCCUUGCAGCAGUUCCAGUUGCCAAUACAGAUCGCAGAGAACGCCACCGUGCUGAUCCGCGGCGGCAACCCUGGCACGGUGCCGGUGCUGGACUGGGGAGCGGCUAUCAACGUGCUGGACCUGGAGCCAGGCAGCACGCUAGUCUUGGAUGGCAUCGUGUCAGCAAACCCUGCGUCUUACAGCGGCGGCCUGGCAUCGCUGAACAUCGAAUCCAAGGGCUCCUUCCUGUGGCCAUCCAUCACCGGCGACCCGGGCUACCGGAUUGUGGUGAACAACUCGGUCGUUUUCCACGAUGUGGCGGGCUGCAGCCCCCAGCUGGUGGAGGGCGAGAUCAGCCGGCUGGCCAAGAUUCUGGGCAACAACGACAGCGCUGUGUACUUGGGCGGCAUGAGCAGCCACUUCACCCACAUCCCCGGCUCCCCCAUCCCCAUCGUCGACACCCUGGCCAAGCAGCAAGUGGGCUCCGCGCUCUUCGACAUCUCCAACGUCACGCUGACCUGCUUCGACUCCCUGGCCGAGCCUGCCGCCACAUCACCCGCACCUUCCUCGAGCGAGGCCGCCAGCAGCAGCGGCUCGGGCACCCAGGCGUGGGUGUGGGCCGUGGUGGGCAGCGUGGCCGGCGUGGCGGUGCUGGGCGGCGCCGCACUGGGGGGGUACUGGCGGCGGCGGCAGCGGCGGCUGGGCACGGAGACGCUCGCGGCGGCGCCGGCGGCUGCGCCGGAGGCGGAGGCCACAGGGGACAAGCAGCUCACCAAGGGCAGCCGCCUGUCCAGCAGCCGCCUGUCUGACAUCGUGGUGACCGCCUCUGAGGAGCCGCAGCAGGCCUCGGGCCACAGCAGCGACCCGCGCAGCGACCCCACUGGCCCCCCCGCCUCGCUCGCCAGCGACGCGCCCUCAGCCGCGCGGCGAACCAGCGCAGACGUGCACCUCCGCCAGUUCAGGGUGGGCGCCAUAGAGGAUGUGCAGCUGGGCGAUCUGCUGGGGAAGGGCAGCUUUGGCCGCGUGUACAAGGGGUGGUGGCGGGGCGCGCCUGUGGCUGUCAAGAUCAUCGAGCAUCACAUCCUGGAGGGGCAGGUGCAGGACCUGGCGCGGGAGCCGCUGCUCAGCAUGAGCGUGAGCCACCCCAACGUGUUGACCACCCACAAGGUGUCGGUGGUGCGGCUGGUCAGCGAGGCACAUCCAGCCCCGCGCCAGGCGCCAGAGCAGCAGCCGGCCGCCGACCUGGCAGAUCAGUCUGCCGCGGCGCGGCUACGCGGCGCCAGCCGGGCCGCGCAGGCUGGGCAGGCCGGGCCGCCGUCGAGCGCGACCUCGCAGCUGACGCGGCGAAGCCAGGGCAGCAGCGUCGGCGGCGGCAGCACGGGGCAGCCCACGCUGGUGCCCACGCUGCGCAGCAGCUUGGAUGCCGACUCCAGCCACGGGGGCUGCUCAGUGCUGGCAGAGGUGGUGUCCCCCGGGGACGAGCUGCAGCCGGGCCCCCACGAGACCUGGCUGGUCACCGAGCUCUGCGACCGCGGCAGCCUGGCCGACCUGAUUGGCAGCAGGGGGCGGAUGCCCGCCGACCCGCAGCUGCGCCACGUCUGGGUGCUGCAGUGCCUGCUGGACAUCGCCCAGGGGCUGGACUACCUGCACAGCUGCGGCAUGGUGCACGUCGACCUCAAGCCCGGCAACGUGCUGCUGCGCUCCGUGCGCAACGACCGCCGCGGCUUUGUGUGCAAGCUGGCGGAUUUUGGGCUGAGCCGCAUGCUGGGGCACGAGCAGACGCACGUGGACACGGGGAGCUUUGGCACGCCCUCCUUUGCGGCCCCCGAGCUGGUGUGCGAGGGGCGGCUGGACCGCGCCACUGACAUCUUUGCGCUGGGCAUGGUGAUGUGGGAGCUGGAAGUGGGGCAGCAGGCGCACCCCGGCAGGAACGCGAUGCAGAUCAUCUUCCUGGUGACGCAGAAGCGGUACCGCCCGCCCAUACCGCCGUCCUGCCCCCCGCCGCUGGCGAGCCUGAUGCAGCGGUGCUGGGCCCACGACGCCGCCGACAGGCCGGCUGCGUCCGCUGUGGUUGCAGAGCUCCACGCAAUGCUGGUGCCGCUGUCACGCAGCCAGUCCCUGCCAAUGGCGCCGUAA